CCAGUCCUCUGAAGCAUUCUGGUCCUUUAUCCUCAGGAAACAUUGCUGUGAGUGAGCCAGUGGCCAAUACAGCCAAACUAGGUCCAGGGAGUUAAAUAAAAGGCCAAGAUGGAAAGAGGAUUAUCCAUAAGUGAAUUUUUCCCCAACAAUUUUUUUUAUUGUGGUGUAGACAAAAAAGUGACCUCACCUAGAGAGUUUCUGCUCCAUACCGCUCCUAAGAAUUGUCCCAAAAGUUCAAACCCAGGUCCAGUUAAAGAACCAAGGUGCUACUAUUCCAAGAGAAAGAUAUACCAUACAGGGACUGCACAAACCCAGACACAAGCAAAGCCUGCAGUUUCAUUUUCUAUCUGCAAUUCCAACAUUUAUUUCAAGACUAGAAGUUUAGAGAGAAGAGAGAAAAGGAAUGAAGGAGGAAAAAUGGCUUUCAAUUCGUUAUGCAGAGAUGACUUACUGCGCCCCAGGAUACGAAGCGCUUUGAGCCUGACCCCCAGAAGCCAGAGCAGUUACCAACCACCACCUCUGACAGAGCUUCAACGCCUGCUGUGGACACACAAACCUUCCACUGGCCACGUGAAUGAAGUCUGGCCAAACCUCUACGUGGGAGACUUAUAUACAGCUCGGGACAAAGAGCAGCUGCGCCGAAUGGGUAUCACCCACAUUGUGAAUGCUGCUGCUGGCAGAUUUCACAUUGACACUGGAGCUAAAUUCUACAGCGACCUGCCUGUAGAUUAUUAUGGAAUAGAAGCUGAUGAUGAUCCAAAUUUUGAUCUCAGCAUUUACUUCUAUCAAGCUGCCAGAUAUAUCAGAGCAGCACUGAAUUCUCCAAGAGGCAGAGUAUUAGUUCACUGUGCAAUGGGGAUCAGCCGAUCAGCAACGCUUGUACUUGCUUUCUUAAUGAUCUGUGAAAACAAGACCCUUGUUGAUGCAAUUCAGGCUGUAUGUAAACAUCGAGGGGUCUGUCCCAACUCCGGCUUCCUCAAGCAGCUUCGGGAACUAGACAUGCGAUUAGCAAGGGAAAAAGGAAGAGGAAUAGAUCCCCUCAGGCUUUAGAUGGGGGGGACGUUUUCUGAUUAUAGACCAAGAUAUAGAGGUUGCCUCCAGGAAGAUUGUACCUCUGGCAAGAUAGAUGAACCCAGACUAUGCUGUAGUUGCCUGGAGAAAUCCAUAUGGAGUGAGCAGGGAGAGUUUGAGAGUUUGAAAUUUCACCUCCUGCGGAAAU